AUGGCCAGCAAGGUGUGCCUCUUUCUUCUCGCGUUCCUCAGCGUCGUGCUCGCGCUUGACAACCCCGUCGCCGGCGGCGGGAUCAAGGCCACGUUCGCCGGCAGCCCGGAGUCUCGGUCCGGAGAGGCUGCGGUGCUGCGGCAGCUGCUGUCGACGAGGCUGGAGGAUGCCGUGGCGCCGGAGCUCACCGUGGACCUGCACCUCCACCGCCGUGUCCUCGCCGGCACGGUUGAAGGGUCAGCGUUGAGAGCUAACAGUCCGGCCUGCAUAAGGUCGUGCCCGGCGCCUGGGGAUCCGUAUACCGGCUCAAGCCGGGGAUGCCAGAAGAAGUACCAGUGCAGCAGCGGCUGA